AAUGUCUUAAGUUGACAUUGACAAUGGUUUAUUCGAAGCCAUUAUCCCUCGCCGCAGUUAACAGCGCCUCAUUAACAUUGAACAUAUGAAAAAGUAACGUAAAGUCAAACAUGCUUGCUUUUUAAAAAAAAAGAAAAAAAAAAAACUUUUGCAUGUUCUUUGUUUAAGCUACGUAGUUCUCUCUAUUCUUAUUGCCUUUGUUACGAAUUUUUAUACAAUAUUAAGUUUUUAUCGCUUCCAACAAUCAAUUGUUGUUCUUUCAAAGCCAGUUUACUGGCGAGCUGAGUGAAUGCGGAUACAUUCACAAAAAAUAUUUUUAAUUAGUUGGCUUUUACUAAACGGUUUAACAUACGUCUAGAGUACCAAAGUUAAACUUAAAGACGAUAAACGCUUACAAAUUAAAACAAAAAAAACAAAAAAAAAAAACAUUUCAAAAAAUGAUUAAUGGAUCUCUAAUCGCGUUCUUUAACUCAAUACUCGUACUAUAAAGUGCAAUACUCGGAAAUACUAGAUCUAUAUUAUACUCCUUUUCUUUGCAACAAUUUAGUCAUAUCCGACCAGUCUAUCUAUUUAUUCUCUUUCAAUCACCGGGUGGGCCUAAAGAUUAGAUUAAAAAGCUGCAAACUCGCCGAUGUUGUCUCAAUGGAAAUUUGAAUAAAAAAUUGAGUAAAUUUUUUUUUUUUUUUACAUGGUCUGAUAUGAUAUUCUUCUUUCUGGAUACGGUUCCUAUCGCUAGAUCGUGGUUUUUCUAAAAAAAAAUACACUCUCACGUUUUCACUACAAGACUCUUUUACAUACAAUCAAUUUAUUCAAUGGUAGAACUGUUUACAUUCUACUUUGGCAAUACUCUCGACUUCUCAACUCCAAUAUUCUCAAUAUCGACUUAAAUUUUCUCCUCCGACAUACAUACUUUGCCUUCCGUAAACAGUCUGUUUAUGUACAUUGUUGCAAGCAUAUUACUAUUACUUAAGUUCAUGGCUUCGAUUUUAAUCCGUUAACCUGCUUUUCCGCUAGUUGUUUUCUUAGGCCGGGAGCUGCAUGAGUUUUGCCUCUCUAGGCAAUCUAUUUUUUUUUUGGGGGGGGGAAAAUCAAUUAGUUGGAAUGAACUGGAUUUGAGAUUUUCGUAACAAUAUGAUAUCCCCUACUGUUCCACGCGGUGAUGGUAAAAAAGAGUGAAAGUGUUAGGAAUUGCCCGCAGCCAUUUUACAGCGUGAGCACUUACUAGCAAUGAACAAAUAUGGUCAAACCGAUUGAGGUUUGAAUCCGUGAACACUGGAUAAUCGAUACUAGAGCUAAACAACUGAAAAAAUCUCGGCAAAAACCAGAUCAUUUCAGUAUAUCUAGGCGCAAUAACAUUUACUAGAACAACUUUGAGAUUCGAGAUAAAAUUAAUAGGAAAGGCAAAAGACCUACGACCUUGAGUUCAUUUUCAAAGAAUCAAGACAUUUUUUGAUAUCUGCGAAACAUAUGAGACGGUGGCCCAAUACACAAAUAAAGUGUUUACUGCCUUCGGUGACUUCCUUUCCUUCCUUAGAAUAUUGAUACAAACGUGAAGGUAAUAAAGUACGAGGCGAAACAAAUUAAUUAAGGGGUGUAUACACACAUGAAUGGAUAUGAACACUCUUUUCUCCCUAUUUUUUUGCUGCACCUAUGACUGAAUGCGUGAGGUUCGUCUUUUCCUUCGUAGCAUUCCCAACUAUGCGUCAAAGAUGUCAUUACUAUACAUGUUGGUAAUCACGCUAACAAGCUUAGCGGUUGUAGCUGUGUCUGUCUGUCGCCUGAUAUUAAAGUGUUCAUAUGGAUGCAUGUCACACCAAGGAUUUUUUCAUAAUUAUCACAUAAAGGAAUUGACCAUGCAAUUUGUCCUCCGGUGAAUAUAGCACUGUCACCAUCGCAACAACAAUCAAGCGACAACGCAAGAGCAAUAGCAUUAACCAGUAGCCGAGACUUUAUAAAUAAUUUAAGUAAAACAAACAAAACAAUUAAAAAUUAAAGCGCACAAAUCUCAAGGCACAAUUUACAACAAAAGCAACACGCGACCAAAAGCGCAUACAAUUGCAGUCACAAAAUAUUCAAAGUAAAAAUAAAAGCUGAAAAGCAUACAAAUCUACAGCCGGAUACAAUAGAUGUACAAAUCCUGUAAAUAGAGCAAAAACAACUACAAAAAAAAUAAAAAAUAAAAUAAAAUAAAAAAAAUAGAAGAAAAGAAGAGAAGAAAGGAACACCACCACAUUAUUAAAAGAGGCCAGAGGCUGAAAUAACGAAUAACUAAGCUAAGUAAUUAAAUACCCCGAGAGCCAGGAAAAUAUGAGAAACAAAAAAGCUAUUAUAUCGUAAUUUAAAGUAAAUACAAACAAGGAAGAAAACGUAACCGACGCACAAACAAAAUCCUUUGUUCAAAUAAAGUACAAUUUUAGUGAAAUAGAACCGGAAAAAUGCAAUGAACAAAAACGGACGAAGCGAUUCAUUUAUUAUUAGUAUAUGACAAUGAAUAAGUUUUAAAGAAAAUUUGUGCUCAUAAAUAUCACAAAUUCCGCUUAGUUUGUUGAUAACAAAAUUUACGCAUCGUCUCGUUUUAUAGAAAGAAAAAUGGCCUUCAUCUGGCGUAGACGUUCCACUUCCAUAGUAAAAAUCUUAGCAAUUUUAACCACCUUAUGGUUCUUUAUAGCGUUUUUCAUUUAUACCGACGAUAAGAGACGAGAAACGGCCAGCAAAAAAUGGAAUGCAAUGUCUUUGUCCUUGAAAAGUCUAGCCAGUGCCGGUAAUUCGGGCAUAGCCGGCGAUAAUCAGAUUGAUGGAUCAAUGGAUAUGGCCGGGGCUUUUGCUUUAGGCGCCGGCAGUGAUUUUGGCAUCGACAAUAAUGUUAAUCACAAUGCCGCCAAUAUUGUCCCAAAUCCUAAUAAUAAUUAUUAUCAUCAUCAACAGCAACAACAACAACAAAAACAACAGCAGCAAUAUAAUCAUUUCGAUCGUGAUAACAGCAAUGGUAACGGCUUAGUUGUUGAUGUGCCGAUGCCUCAAGCUCGUGUAGAUGAAUUGAAUCGGGGGAAUGCCAUAAAUGAAAAUCACGAUGACGAUAUUAAUACCGAUAUCAAUGAAGGCGACGAAUCUGUAUUAAAUAACGUUGUGUUGGAAAUGCAACCAAAUGACAAUCACAUAUGGCACGGCAAAGUGAUAGCAGACAAUAAGCGGCAAAAGCAACAGCAACAAGAUGAUGGUAAAGGUGUUUUGGCUCCGCCAGCUCCUGCGCCAAAUUCGCCAGGCGAAAUGGGUAAACCAGUUAUAUUGCCCACGAAUAUGACAGAGGAAAUGAAGAAAGCAGUCGAUGAUGGUUGGACUAGAAAUGCUUUUAAUCAAUAUGUUUCCGAUAUGAUAUCAAUACAUAGGACUUUACCUGAUCCCCGUGACUCCUGGUGCAAAGAACCGGGACGGUAUUUAGAUAGCCUGCCUGCCACUGAUGUAAUAAUUUGUUUUCACAAUGAAGCCUGGUCUGUACUAUUACGUACAGUACACUCCGUCCUUGAUCGUUCACCCGAACAUUUAAUAGGCAAAAUAAUACUCGUAGAUGACUAUUCCGAUAUGCCUCAUACAAAGAAACAGUUGGACGAUUAUUUUUCUGCCUAUCCUAAAGUACAGAUCUUACGUGCAACAAAGCGUGAAGGUUUAAUACGAGCUAGACUACUCGGUGCACGUCAUGCCAAAUCACCGGUUUUAACAUAUUUAGAUUCACAUUGUGAAUGCACCGAAGGUUGGCUGGAGCCUUUACUGGAUCGCAUUGCCAGAAAUUCCACUACUGUUGUGUGUCCUGUAAUCGAUGUUAUAGACGAUACUACCUUGGAAUAUCACUAUCAUGAUUCGGGUGGUGUGAAUGUUGGUGGCUUCGAUUGGAGUUUGCAAUUUAAUUGGCAUGCAGUACCUGAAAGAGAGAAAAAACGCCAUAAGAAUUCAGCAGAGCCGGUAUUUUCGCCUACCAUGGCUGGCGGUUUAUUUUCGAUAGAUCGAAAAUUCUUCGAAAAAUUAGGCACUUACGAUUCGGGCUUCGAUAUCUGGGGUGGGGAGAAUUUAGAAUUAUCAUUCAAGACUUGGAUGUGCGGCGGCACUUUGGAAAUUGUACCAUGUUCCCAUGUGGGUCAUAUCUUUCGUAAACGAUCUCCUUACAAGUGGCGUUCAGGCGUAAACGUGUUAAAAAAGAACUCGGUACGCUUGGCUGAAGUGUGGUUAGAUGAUUAUGCCAAGUAUUAUUAUGAACGCAUUGGCAACGACAAGGGCGAGUACGGUGAUGUUAGCGCUCGUAAGGAAUUGCGCCAACGUCUGAAUUGUAAAAGCUUUAAAUGGUAUUUGGAUAAUAUUUAUCCAGAACUUUUUAUACCAAGCGAAUCGGUAGCGUAUGGUGAGAUAAGAAACCUAGGCGCUGGCGGUCGCACUUGUUUGGAUUCCCCGUCACGUAGAAAGGAUUUGAAAAAGCCCGUUGGCUUAUAUCCUUGUCAUAAACAAGGUGGCAAUCAGUAUUGGAUGUUAAGUAAAACGGGUGAAAUACGCAGAGACGAAGCUUGCCUCGAUUAUGCCGGUCAUGAUGUUAUUCUGUAUCCUUGUCAUGGUUCUAAAGGAAAUCAGUUUUGGUCAUACAACAGUGAAACCAAACAAUUGCGUCACGGUUCAUCGGACAAGUGUUUGGCUAUUACCGAGAAAAGAGAUAAACUCGUUAUGGAGGAAUGCAAUGUUUCACAUAUGCGACAACAAUGGCGACUGGAAAAUUAUGACGCCUCCAAAUUAUGAGGUUAUUUUUACGGGAAUGGUACCCAAUUUCUGCCAUCUCUCCAAACGCCCUCGGCAACUCAUUUACUGCUAUAUCAAAACAAUGUCACAUAGUUGAAAAAUGGCAGAAUUUUAUAAGAGAGAGAAGACAACUAAAACAAUAUACAAAAGUGCAAUAAAUACAAAGUUAAAAUUUCUCCCUUGAAAGUUUGAUGGCUUUAAAAAAAAAAACAAAUAUAUA